GUUAUAUAAGGUUUCAAAAUGCAUCUCAUUAUAUAAACAUAGCCGUGAGCCACAUAGUUUUUGUCAAUAAACAGAACCCUCCUCUGUUUCUCUCUGCCUCAUCACUCACAUUUCCACUAAAAAUGAGUGCUUUAACCUUAAAAGCCUUCACAUACAUGUUUCUCAUCACAUUUCUCAUCUGGUCUUCAAAUUUUGAGUGUUGCAUUGCAAGAAGAGGUAAACAUUGGAGACAAACCAGAACCUUCUCAUCUUCUUUGUUCAAGAAAAAAGGAAAGAGUUACAAUGGAAAUACUCAUAACAAAAAUCACCACAAUGGAGGAUCAAAUUCAAAACCAAAGUCUCCUCCACCAUUAUCGCCGAAAUCUCCUCCCUCGCAUAAAAAUGUUCCAUCAUCUCCACCAAUUUCUAAGCCAAAAUAUUCCCCUUCAACUCCGCCACCAAGAGGUUACAAUGGCAUGCAACAUUCAACUUUCUUCAAUGUGCUAGAUUACGGAGCUAAAGGAGAUGGUAACACCGACGACACAAAGGCAUUUGAAGCAACAUGGGCAGCUACAUGUAAAGUAGAGGCAUCAACCAUGAUAGUUCCAGCAAACUACACAUUUUUCGUGGGCCCGAUUUCGUUCUCGGGCCCAUAUUGUAAGCCCAACAUUGUUUUUCAGCUUGAUGGUACAAUUAUUGCUCCAACAAACCCAAGUGCAUGGAGUGGAGUAACACUACAAUGGCUUGAAUUCACAAAACUAGAAGGAAUUGUUAUUCAAGGAAAUGGUGUUAUUGAUGGAAGAGGUUCUGUUUGGUGGCAAGAUUUUCCAUAUGAUAAUCCAAUAGAUGAUGAAGAAAAGCUUAUAAUUCCUUUAAAUCAUACUCAAAAUCCUCCGAUGCCGGUGCAAAAUGAGAUGGGAAGAACAAUGCCGAGUAACAAACCAACGGCACUAAGGUUUUAUGGGAGCUAUGGUCCAACUGUCACGGGUAUAACAAUUCAAAAUAGUCCUCAGUGUCAUCUAAAGUUUGACAGUUGCAAUAGGGUUCUUGUUCAUGAUGUGAGCAUUUCAUCUCCCGGCGAUAGUCCUAACACCGACGGAAUUCAUCUUCAGAAUUCCAAAGAUGUCUUGAUUUACAGCAGCAAAUUAGCAUGCGGAGAUGAUUGUAUAUCUAUACAAACUGGAUGCUCAAAUGUAUAUGUACACAAUGUCGACUGCGGGCCGGGACAUGGAAUAAGCAUUGGAAGUUUAGGAAAAGAUAACACUAGAGCUUGUGUCUCAAACAUUACUGUGAGAGAUGUAAACAUUCACAACUCAAUGAAUGGUGUUAGAAUCAAAACAUGGCAGGGUGGAUCUGGUUCAGUGCAGGGAGUGUUAUUCUCUAACAUACAAGUUACAGAAGUUCAACUUCCAAUAGUGAUAGACCAAUUCUAUUGCGACAAAAGAACAUGCACAAAUCACACAUCAGCAGUGUCACUAGAAGGAAUCAACUACGAAAGAAUAAAGGGAACAUACACAGUUAAACCAGUACACUUUGCCUGCAGUGAUAGCUUUCCUUGUGUAGAUGUUUCUUUAGCCACUGUUGAGUUGAAACCAAUUCAAGAACAGUAUCACUUAUAUGAUCCAUUUUGCUGGCAGACUUUUGGUGAAUUGAAAACUCCAACUGUUCCGCCGAUUGGUUGUUUGCAGAUUGGGAAGCCGACGAAUAAUCGAAUUCAGACUGAUCAUGAUAUAUGUUGAAGCAAUCUUUGAUAUGUAAAUUCAUAUGCUUGUUAGUUAUGUUGUUAUGAUUGAUAUCCUUAGUUAUAGGUAGCAUGUAUAUUCCAAGAGUUGUAGUUUUAUAGGGAAUUUUUCUUCUUCUUCUUCAUCAUGAGAAUAUGUUACUUUAUACUGUUAUUAUUACUAGCCCUACUUUAUGCAAGAGGCUUUGAGAAUAUAUUAUUGUAAAAUGGAGCCUUAUAGUUAAAAUUGGCUGUGUGUGAUUAUUUGUUA